AUGGUAAGCUUCCGUUCAAUUCAGCCUCCCAAACGUUUCAAGGCCGAUACCUUGAACCCCCUUCUGGGCAGCCUGGCCAAGGACCCCAAGGCCACCGAAGACUUCAGCAAAGAGGUGGAAGAGCUCCUGAGUCGUGUGGACACCAUGGCCACGGCGGGGCGCUUGGAGGAAGCCGUUGAACAGCUGCUUGGUCUGGAGAAGAAGACACGACAGGCAUCGGAUGGCAUCUCAACCUCUAAAUUGGUCUGCAAGAUUUGCAAGCUCUACUUCGAAGCAAAGGAGUGGACCAAGCUGAAGGAGCACAUCAUCACCUUGCCAAAGAAGCGUGGGCAGCUCAAGAGAUCCACCACAGACAUGGUCCAUUUGGCCAUGAGCUGGUUAGAUGGUCUGGACAAGGAGAAGCGGUUGGAUCUCAUCAACACGCUGAACGAAGUCACCGAGGGCAAGAUUUUUGUGGAGGUGGAAAAGGCGCGUUUGACACAGAUGUUGGCCAAGAUGAAAGAGUCGGAAGGGAAGAUCGAUGAGGCUGCCAGUCUGGUACAAGAAGUCCAGGUGGAGUCUUUUGGUGCCAUGGAGCGAAGGGAGAAGACCGAAUAUAUCCUGAACCAGAUGCGCCUAGUCUUGGCGAAAAAGGACUUCGUGCGCACGCAGAUCAUCAGCAAGAAGAUCAACCCCAAACUCCUGGAGUCAGAGGACUUUCAGGAUCUAAAGAUCCAGUACUACGAAUUCAUGAUCAGGUACUGGCUACAUGAGAAGAAGUUCUUAGAUGUGGCCAAGUGUGUCUUUGCCAUUUUCAACACAGCCUCGGUGAAAGCCGAAGAGCCCAAGUGGAAAGAGGCAUUGACCGCAAGGGCACUCAGUCUUAAUCCGUCCAAAAAUGUCCAUGAGCGGGACCCCAGUGCUACCAAGGUUUUUGGGGCAGAACGUCCAUCGCUGGCCAUGGCGGCGAGUUCAAGCAGUUCGAGCAGUUCAAUCAGAGACCCCACAGAGGCUUCGCCGGGCGUGAGCCAAUCGACUCCGCGGAAGGCUGUCUCCUGGGGCACUGCAGAGGUCCGUGAGUACGACCCCCCCGAGCGCAACCAGAGUUGGCCGCGCAGUGAGACGCGCUUGCGGGCGAUUGCUGAGAGAUUUGCGGCAAUCAGAGACCUUGCCACUUGCCAGACUGAAGGUGCAGAAUUGAAAGCAGAACAGGUCAGCAAGAUGUGGAAAGAUGCAUGUGCCAUUGGAGACCUUGCGACAGAGAUCCAGGCGCUCCUUCAAGCUGCCCGAAAAGAAAACAAUGCGCUCUCAGUCCAAGAUCGCCAGGAGCCUGCGCGAACCAAGCCGAUCGUUGAAGAUGCCAAUCUGAAAGCACAGAAGUCGCUUGAAGGCUCCUCUCUAAGCAUUGACUCCAGGCAAAAGGAGAAGAAUCAGUCAAACACUGCCGCUGCGGCGCAGUCAAAGGUGGUGAGUCCACCGGUUGAAGAUCCGAUUACAAGGGCUAAACGCCAGUGGGAGGAGUGGUUGCAAAGAAAGCGAUCCUCCCUGGGGGAUAAGGAUCACCCAGAGAUUGCCGAGGCCCUGCUUGAAAUGGGCCAAAUGAUGAGCCGAGUUUUUGGUGAUUUUGUGAAAGCAAAGCAUUACCUGAUUGAGUCCUUGCAAAUGAGCCGCUCCUUGCAUCAAAAUCAUGAUCACAGUGACAUUGCCAAGAUACUGCACCAGUUCGGCAUUGUGAGUCUACAGGCCGGAGAUCUUGAGCAAGCCAAACAGCAGCUGGAAGAGUCCAUGCGAAUGACCCGCUCCUUGCAUCAAAAUCAGGAUCACAGUGACAUUGCUGAGGUACUGCACCAGUUGGGUGUAGCAAGUCGACAGGCUGGAGAUCUUGAGCAAGCCAAACAGUACCUAGAAGAGUCCUUGCAAAUGAGCCGCUCCUUGCAUCAAAAUCAGGAUCACAGUGACAUUGCUGAGGUACUACACCAGUUGGGUGUAGCAAGUCGACAGGCUGGAGAUCUUGAGCAAGCCAAACAGCAGCUGGAAGAGUCCAUGCGAAUGACCCGCUCCUUGGAUCAGGACUAUCAUGGGCAUCAGGAUCGCAGUGACAUUGCUGAGAUGCUGCACCAGUUGGGCUUGGUGAGUCGAGAGGCUGGAGAUUUCAAGCAGGCGAAACAGCACCUGAAAGAAGCCUUGCGAAUGAAGCGCUGCGUGUACGGGAAGACCAAUAACCUUCAAAUUGCUACGACACUGAAGGAGUUAGGCCUCGUCAAUCGAGACGAUGGAUUUCUGCCGGAAGCGAGCCAGCAGCUGGAAGAGUCCUUGAAACUGAAGUUGUCUGUGGGUCCGCGCAGCUCGGAUCCUGACAUUGCCGCGAUAUUAAAUGAUCUGGGCAGCUUGAACGGAGAAAUUGGCAAUCUCAAACGCGCCAAGGAGUGCUUCAAGCAGUGCUACCGACAGCAGGUCUCUUUGCACGGAAAUGGGGAUCACCCUGGAAUUGCUGUGACACUGCACAAGUUGGGUGUGGUGACUCGACGGUCUGGAAAUCUCAAGCAAGCCCAAGCGCAGUUGGAGGAGUCCUUGCGAAUACAGCGUUCCUUGCACAAAGGGGAUCACCCUGGAAUUGCUGGGACACUCCACGAGUUAGGCGUCCUAUUUGGAGAUGCCAAAGAUUUCGAGAAAGCCAAACAGCAGCUGGAGGAGUCCUUGCGAAUGAAUCGUUCCUUGCACGGAGAUGGAGACCACCCUGACAUUGCAGCGACACUGCGCCAGCUGGCCACAGUGAGUCGACUGGCGGGGGAUCUCAAUUAAAUGGCACAGUGGUUGGAGGAGUCCCUUCCAAAUGAGGGAUUCUUCUGAGUACUUCUGAGGCAAAUGAUUACUUAAUUGAUUAAUUAGCCUGAUGUAUUGUUGCAGUUGCGUCCGAGACAGCGCAAGCUUGGCAGAAUGACUUGUGGAAAAGCUGAACGGGCCCAUGGCAAUGC